UCCCAGUCCGCCUAGCCACGCCGGUCCCUGAAGUGGUGAAAGCCGCGGCCGAGACCAGGUCACACCGAAGCCAUUGCCCUUUUAAGGGGGAGCCUUGAAACGGCGCCCGGGUUCCAUGUUUGCAUCCGCCUCGCGGGGAGGAAACUCCAUGUUGUAACAAAGUUUCCUCCGCGCCCCCUCCCUCCCCCUCCCCCCUAGAACCUGGCUCCCCUCCCCUCCGAAGCUCGCGGGGAUCCCUCCCUCCCACCCCUCCCCUCCCCCCCGCGCCCCGAUUCCGGCCCCAGCCGGGGGGGAGGCCGGGCGCCCGGGCCAGAGUCCGGCCGGAGCGGAGCGCGCCCGGCCCCAUGGACAGCUCGGCCGUCAUUACUCAGAUCAGCAAGGAGGAGGCUCGGGGCCCAUUGCGGGGAAAAGGUGACCAGAGGUCAGCAGCUUCCCAGAAGCCCCGAAGCCGGGGCAUCCUCCACUCACUGUUCUGCUGCGUCUGCCGGGACGAUGGGGAGGCCCUGCCUGCCCACAGCGGGUCGCCUCUGCUUGUGGAGGAGAAUGGUGCCAUCCCCAAGCAGACCCCAGUCCAGUACCUGCUCCCUGAGGCCAAGGCCCAGGACUCAGACAAGAUCUGCGUGGUCAUCGACCUGGAUGAGACCCUGGUGCACAGCUCCUUCAAGCCAGUGAACAACGCCGACUUCAUCAUCCCUGUGGAGAUUGAUGGGGUGGUCCACCAGGUCUACGUGCUGAAGCGGCCUCACGUGGAUGAGUUCCUGCAGCGAAUGGGCGAGCUCUUCGAAUGUGUGCUGUUCACUGCCAGCCUCGCCAAGUAUGCAGACCCAGUAGCUGACCUGCUGGACAAGUGGGGGGCCUUCCGCGCCCGGCUGUUUCGAGAGUCCUGUGUCUUCCACCGGGGGAACUACGUGAAGGACCUGAGCCGGCUGGGCAGAGACCUGCGGCGGGUACUCAUCCUGGACAACUCGCCCGCCUCCUACGUCUUCCAUCCGGACAACGCCGUACCGGUGGCAUCGUGGUUUGACAACAUGAGUGACACAGAGCUCCACGACCUCCUUCCUUUCUUUGAGCAACUCAGCCGCGUGGACGACGUAUACUCAGUGCUCAGGCAGCCUCGGCCAGGGAGCUAGUGAGGGUGAUGGGGCCAGGACCUGCCCCUGACCGACGACACCCACACCUCCUACCAGGACGACUGCCCAGGCCUUUGUUAGGAAAACCCAUGGGCCGCCGCCACACUCAGUGCCAUGGGGAAGUGGGUGUCUCCCCCACUAGCCCCGCCAGGUGGCAUAGGGACAGCAGGCUGCACUGAGGACCAUGAGCCGGGGGCCCCCUGUCAGUGCCUUUGAACCUCCUCCCCCCUUCUCAGGGGACCUCGGGGGCCCUGCCUGCUGCUCCCUUUUUCUGUCUCCUUUGUCCAUGCUGCCAUGCUUCUCUGCUGCCAAAUUGGGCCCCUUGGCCCCUUCCAGUUCUGCUUCCUGGGGGCAGGGUUACUGCCUUGGGCCCCCAGUCUGGGAACGGUGGACAUCAAGUGCCUUGCAUAGAGCUCCUUCUUCCCCACCCAGCUUUCCCAGGAGCACAGCUCUAGGCUGGGAGGGGAGAACCAGUGCCUCCCCCUGCCCCACCUCCUCCCUUGGGAGAGGGCCCCCACCAACCUCUGCCUUUGCUUGGGAGGGAGGAGAGGUCUGUUAGCACUGGGAAAGGAAGCGGGAGUCUGUCCUUCAGGACCCAGAGGGCAGCUUCUCCAGGGCUGACAGCUGAGGGCUGCUCCCCGAAUCACCCAAGCUACCACCUCAGACUCAGCCUUAACCAGCCCUGGGGCUUGGCUCCCCCAGCUCCUGAGUGUGGGAGGCAAGACCCUCUUGUGGUGCCAUAUAAAUAUGUAUAUGUGUAUAUAGAAUUUUAGGGGAGGGAGAGAGGGAAGGGUCAGGGUAGAGACACCCCUCCCUUGCCCCUUUCCUGGGCCCAGAAGUUGGGGGGAGGGAGGGAAAGGAUUUUUACGUUUUUUAAACUGCUAUUUUCUGAAUGGAACAAGCUGGGCCAAGGAGCUCCAGGCCCUGUCCUCUGCCUCUCACACCCCUUUGCUCCGUUCAUUCAUUCAAAAAAACAUUUCUUGAGCACCUUCUGUGCCCAGCAUAUGCUAGGCCCACCAGCUAAGUGUGUGUGUGGGGUCUCUAUGCCAGCUCAUCAGUGCCUCCUCACCCACCCAACUUCACUGGUGCCUUUGGGGGAUCUGUAGGAGGUGGGAUCUUUUGUGGGGUUUGGGGAUCUCCAGGAAGCCCGGCCAAGCUGUCCCCCUCCCCUGUGCCAACCCAUCCUCUACAGCCCCCUGCCUGAUCCCCUGCUGGCUGGGGGCCGCUGCGGGGAUAUCCUGCCUUCCAGCUCCGUUUCUGAAGCCCCUCCUAACAAGGCGAUUCCGGAGGUCGAGGCCUUGGGCUCUCCCCGAGGUCUAAAGGUUAAGGGGACCCACAUACCAGUGCCAAGGGGGAUGUCAAGUGGUGGUUUCGUGGUGCCUCCCUCCCGUAGAGUUGGGGGGCCAAUACGGUUGGUCUGCGUCAGGUGGCUUUCCCAUUUAAGUGCCUUCUCUGUGGCUGAGCGCCCUAGUGUGAUGAGAACUAAAGAGAAAGCCAGACCCCCA